AUGACGACAUUGAUCUUCAGGUCGAAGCUCAAGAAAGAGGUCCGAGUUGGAAUUCCGAAGAUAGAUAAAUUGGAGUCUACUUCGGAGCGUCAAUCCAGAUUGACAGUGUUAUCGGUUUUCUCUUUCCCUUGGAUAACGUCGGAGACCAAUCCGCUAGACAGGCUCCAGAGCAGAGGCCUCUCUAACUCCAACCACCCCAUAAGUCACCCUGAUAUGGAUGGAACCAAUGACACAGAGGGGUCCAACCAGCCAGCUGAGUCUCCUGCCGGGCAGCAGGCCAUGGGGGGAGAUGUUGAGGAGAGCAACAGCAGUGGGAAUAGCCAGAACCCUGGAGAGAGAAAAGCCCAAAUGCCACCGCUGAAGCCUCCCUCCACGUGGACCUCCAUGGCGAUGAAGGAGCUCAAGUCCAAGCUGCGACUGGAGAAGGACAGUGUGGUGACAGUGAAACGAGGAAACAUUAUGACAGUGCAUGUGCCCACCGUUCCUGAGGGAAAGCAGGUGUGCUGGGAGUUUGCCACAGAUAGCAAUGACAUAGCCUUUGGAAUCUACUUUGACUGGACCCCUGUCACCAGCCAGGCCAUCACGGUCCACAUCAGUGAAUCCAGUGAUGACGAAGAGGAGGAAAAUCAGCUAGAAGGACUUAUCAACACAGGGGAUGUUGAGAAGGGUUCUAAAUCAUUGGCCAACUCCAACAUAGGGGAAAUCUUACCUGUGUAUCGUCUGGACAGUCACAUUGCAGUGCAAGGUGGCAGUCACGAGUAUCCAGGAGAAGGCACUUACCUUCUGAAGUUUAAUAACUCCUACUCACUAUGGCGAAAUAAGACUCUGUACUACAGAGUGUAUUACAGUGCCUGA